AUGACAAAUUGGGUGAUAUAUGGUACAGAGUUGGAGGAACUUAGCGAUGGGACGAGUAGUGUGAAUACUAUAAGACCUCUUGCAAUUGAGGAGCAAGUGGUAAAAGAUGAAAAGGGACGAAAACGUUUCCAUGGAGCAUUUACUGGUGGCUUUUCUGCUGGGUACUUUAAUACUGUUGGUUCUAAGGAAGGUUGGAUACCAAAAAAGUUCAAAUCCACUCGCGAUGAAAGGGGCGAAAGAAUUGAUUCUAAACCAGAGGAUUUCAUGGAUGAAGAGGACUUGAGCGAAUUUGGAAUAGCAAGCAGACGAAUAAAAACUUCGGCGAAUGUUGGUGGAAAUAAUAAUGAUAGACAUUUGUUAGCAUGGGAACGAAAUAUGCAGUCUUCACUCGAAUCAUCACUCUCAGUUCAUCUUCAAAAAAUUAUUAAACCAACUAAGGACUCAGUGGGCAUACAACUGUUGAAAAAGAUGGGAUGGAGAGAAGGGCAUGGAAUUGGAUUGAAAAUGUCACGAAAGGCAUUGGAGAAACAGAAGUUUAAUGAUAAUAGAAUUCAUGGUGAAAAAGGGUUUUACAAUGAAGAAGCAGUAAGAGAAGCGGAUGAAAUGGCACCAAAUUUUUUAUUUGCACCAAGCGAUUUUGAUCCAGCUAUUCUGAAGCCCUCUGAAGGUAGUCAUGGUUUGGGAUAUCGCGGAAUGCGACAUAUGUCUGUGUUGUCUGAAAAAUACGGCAUCCUAGAGGCAGCACUAAAAAUAGAGAAAAAAGGAAAAGGUAUUUCGGGACAAGCAUUUGGUGUUGGUGCUUUUGAAAAUGACGAUAUGAACAUAUAUACGAAUUAUGAUCUUUCUCAGUAUGAUUUUGCGAUUGAUAGUAAUGGGAUGGCACCCAGUGCAUCAUGCAGUGCAAGUGACACAAGUUUUGUAAUGGCAUCCAAACGCCAAGUUGUAAGACAGUUUUUCGAACCGCCGCGAAUUCCAUCGAAUUUUCUUUCGCGGCACACUCCCAUCCACCCAGAUAUUUCUCAAAUGCCCUUAAAUAUUAAACAGUUCAGUGAAAGAAUGAAUCAUCUGCAACGCGCAAAGUUUUUGGGAGAGAUUGAUUUAAAAUCAGUUUUUGAACUGGUGCAUGAUGAAGAUCGAAAAAGAUUAAGUGUUUCGCAAAAUGAAGAUGUGAUACAAAAUGCAUUUGAAGAAGAGCCCAUAAAACAAGCACGAUUUAAACAGUAUAUGAAUCAUUUGAAGCGAGGAUUGCACUAUCCCCAGCCGCCUGAUGUGACAAGAUUGGAAUGGGAGCAGGAACUACGUGAUUUUCAAAAUAUGCUUUCUCCUGAACUACGAUCACGUAUAUCAGAAAUUGACGGACAGCAGAAACCACUAGCACGCCCAGAUGUAGCGGCUCCCCUAGCCGAUGUUUUAAAGUCGAAGUUUAUUUCUAGUUCAAGCUUUUAUUCUGGCAAGGAAGUAGAAAGUAACGAACGACUGGCAGCUGUAAAGAUGAAAAUGUUUGGUGUAAAGACUCGUUUGGUUCAUGAAUGGCAUCCUGCUAAACAGUUGACAAAACGUUUCAACGUUCCGGAUCCAUAUUCUUCAUCUAAUCUCCUCGGUGUUCCUCGGUUGCAGAAAACAAGAAAGACCGAAACACUAGCAAAUCUCGGUGCCGAUAUACUAUCAUUUGACUCAACUGCACAGGAGCUGAAGUAUCGUUCAGGCAUAGAAAACAUCAAUACGGAAGAAAAAGAGAUUCCGGAAACAGUAGUUCAUGAAGACAAAACUAGUUCGGAUCAGAAGCCAUCAGAAGAAUUUCUGAAAGCUAUAUUUGGUGACAGUGAUGAGUCUAGUAAUAUGGAUGAAGAAUUACAAAGCGGUGAGAAGGCUGCAAUGGUUUCAUCAAUAUAUGAAGACUUCUUUGAUAAAAAGACUGAAGGGGAUAAAAAAUCUGUGAUAUCAGCAAAAGUACUCACAGUAAUGGAUAUGGAUUUGUCGUUUGACAGGGAUAAUGACGAUGAAGAGUUCGGACCCGUACCUCCACCUCCCACGUCUUUAUCAACCACUGAUUUAAAAGCUGACAUUGUCCAUUCAGAUAAAAAAGGUAUUUCAGAAAAAAGACAUCAUAAACAUUCGAGGAGUAAACGAAAAAGAAAAAGGAAAAGUAGCGAAAAAAGAAAAUACAAAAGAAAAUUACAUCGCCGUCAAGAGUUACAAGAAUAA